GUGUGUGUGUGUGUGUUCGUUCAUGCCACUCUAUUUCAGAUUGCAGCUUCACCCUCGCAGUGACAGUGAGACUCUGAGCUUUACUUUUUGGCCUCCAAAUAUCUGUUCUCCGGAGUUUGACACACACUCUUUCUCUCAUUGGAUGUAUUUUCCACUCAUAAAGGAAGCCAUCAGAAGGUUCACAUUGUCACUGUUGGGGGUUUUGCUUCUCCUGGUCUCGUCUCUCCUUGUCGGGAUCUCCUGCUUGACCUUUGACCCUCGUCCUCAUGGCUCUCUCCUCACGCCUAAAGCUCUGGGAGCAGAAGAUAAAGGAGGAGAAGAAAGCUCCAGAGGCCGCCGCUCAGCCUCCUCCUCCACUGUCUGCUGUUCCUGGAGGAUUCCUCAAGCAGCUGGUCCGAGAAACCGAGAAGGAGACGCGACACCGAGAGCCAGAGAUCAAGGAAGACAAACCGCCCAGCAAACUCAGCGACAACCUUGUCCAGAAUUUCCUUCUUCCCGAUGAAACUCCGCCGAUUCUGGAGGCUGAGAUGUCGCUGCGAGCGGAGCAGCCGGUGAACGGGGAGCGCGGACGGCACAUCGCUCUGUCAGAGAAGAAGACGUCUUCACCCAGGAGGAUCAUCUCACCCGAAAACCCCCAAAACCCCAGAGCAGAAACACAGACCUGCAGUCCUGAGGUCAGUCCAGACACACACACCCCGCAGAAGGAGGAGCAGGUGAAGCUGCUGCAGGAAGUCCAACCGCCGAAACAGGAAGUGAAGGGCGUGAGACAGGAGCCGGAGGGUCAGAUCACUGAAACUCAAAUGAGGGAGGAGAGCAAGGUGCCUGUGAAGGACGUGUGGUAUGAAGCUGGACAGGUGUGGUUCUCUCACAGAGAUGGGUACACACUCGCCACUCAGCUGAAGCCGGAUGAGGGCACACCAGAGCUCCCCGAUGGCCGCGUGAGGGUUCGAUUGGCCUCUGAUCAGUCCAUUCAUGAUGUGUCCCAGUAUGAGAUCGAAAAGCUGAAUCCACCUGAGCUGGACCUGUGUGAGGACCUAAGUGAUCUUGUUAGUGUGAAUGAAUCGAGUGCACUUCACACUUUGAGCAGUCGAGCUAAAGCUCAUCUACCGCUGACCCACGCUGGACCCAAUCUACUGGCCCUGUGGCCUCCGGUGUCUUCACCCACCAAGAGUUUUCGGAGCCGGCGCUGGGAGUCCUGGGAAGCCCCUGGCCCGCUGCAGGCUGUGGUGAGGAAGGUGUAUGUGUCCAUGCUGGGUCAGAGGAGGGACCAGACACUGGUGGCUUUGGGUCGCAGCGGCUCAGGGAAAACCACCGCCUGUCAAUCAUUCUCCCUGGAGCUGCUCAAACAAGCAGGAACAGCAGGAGGAAGCCUGACCUUAGAGCGUCUGCAGGCAGUGUUUACAGUGCUGCGUUCGUUCGGCUGUGUGAGCUCAACUCACAGUGAGGCCUCAUCUCGAUUCGCCAUGGUGCUGUCUGUGGACUUCAACCACGCUGGACUCGCUGCUGCCGCACAUCUGCAGACGAUGCUGCUGGAGAAGUGGAGGGUUUGCCAGCGGCCGGAUGGUGAGAGUAACUUCCUGGUUUUCUCCCAGAUGCUGUCAGGCCUGAGCACAGAUCUGAGGACUGAGCUGCAGCUGCAUCAGUUAAAGGAACACAACUUUUUUGGAAUCACAUGUCCAACCAAGGUGGAUGAGAAGCAGAGAGCGGCUGUGGGUUUCGGGAAGCUGCUGGCCGCCAUGAACACUUUGGGCUUCUCAGCGGAUGAGCAGAAGGCUAUUUGGCGUGUGUUAGCAGGAAUAUACCAUCUCGGCGUCGCAGGAACAUGUAAAGUGGGCCGUAAGCAGUUUAUGAGUUUUGACAGCGCGCAGACGGCCAGUGCGAUGCUGGGCUGUGAAGGAGAGGAGCUUCACACUGCCGUCUUCAAACACCACCUGAGACAGUUACUGCAGAGAGCCAGCGGGGGCGUCAGAGAGCGGCAGGCCGUAGAACAACACGAUGAUGGUCCGAAGCUGACCGCGGCUCAGUGUGUGGAAGGAAUGGCUGUGGGUCUCUAUGAGGAGCUCUUCACUGCUGUGGUGUCUCUGAUCAACCGCACGCUGUGCUCUCAGCAGCUCACUCUGGCCUCAGUGAUGGUGGUGGACGCGCCGGGCCUCAGGAACCCCAGACACAGCGCUGAGGAACGGGCCGCCGGCUUCUCUGAGCUCUGCCACAACUACCUGCAGGAGAGACUGCUGGAGCAUCACUACACACACACCUUCACACACACGCUGGACAGAUACACACAGGAAGGAGUGCCUGUGGAUUUCUCAGCCCCGGAGUCGAGUCCGUCUGAGGUGGUGUGUGCCGUCGACCAGUCCGGACUGCAGGUUCGAGGGCCUGAAGCUGACUCUCGGGGUCUGCUGUGGGUUCUGGAUGAAGAGUUGUCGACGGCGGGCUCCAGUGAGAGUGUGGUUCUGGAGAGAGUGUGUCAGUACUUCAGCAGCACAGUGCGUCAGUGUGAGCAGCCUCUGCAGUGUGAGAUCGCUCAUCUGAUGGGUUCAGAUGCGGUCCGCUAUGAUCUGUCCGGCUGGUUCAGUCUGCUCCAGAAUAACCCAUCUCUGCUCAACGCCAGCUCUCUGCUUCACAACUCCUCACAUGUGUCGGUGAAGGCUCUGUUCGGCCCGCGGGCAUCUGUUCCUCCGCUCUGCCGGGGUCUGGGCGGUGUGGAGGGAGGAUCUCAGCGCUCUCUGGAGAGAAGCGGAGCGGUGCGCAAGACUCUGAGCGCAGGGAUGGCGGCCCUCAGGAGACACUCACACUGCAUCUCCGUCAAGCUGCAGGCGGACGCUCUGCUGAGUGUGAUCCGGCGUGCGAGGCCUGUGUUCCUGCAGUGUUUGAGUGUGAAGACAGAUGGAGGAGGCUUUGAUGUUCCUGCACUGCGGAUACAGCUGAACUCCACACACCUGCUGCCCACACUGCAGCUGUACAGGACAGGUUACCCGGAGCACAUGUCCCUCAGUGAUUUCCGCUGCCGCUUUCAGGCCCUCUCUGCUCCUGUAAUGAAGCGAUACGGUUCUGUCUUCAUUACCCCCGAUGAGAGGAAGGCUGUGGAGGAGCUACUGAUCGACCUGGAUCUGGACAAGAAGAGUGUGGUUUUAGGAGCCAGCAGAGUGUUUAUGAAGCGUGGUGUCCUCAGGUCUUUAGAUCAGCAGAGGGAUCAGUUGUUGAGUGGUUGGCUGGUGCAGCUUCAAGCCUCGUGUCUGGGUCACCUAGGUCGUCUCAAAUACCGCCGCAUGAAGGUUCAGCAGAUGGCAGUGAGGUGUGUUCAGAGAAACGUGCGGGUGCUCAGUGCAGUGUCCCGCUGGAGCUGGUGGAAGAUGCUGUGCAGAGUUCGCCCCCUGCUGGACGUCAACAUGGAUGACCAGAGGCUCCGAUCUAAAGAGGAUGAGAUCACAGCUCUGAGGCGGCGUCUGGAGAAGUCGGAGAAGGAGCGAAAUGAGUUGCGUCAGACUGCAGACAACCUGGAGACCAAGGUAACAGCUGUUAUAUCAGAGUUAAGUGAUGAGCGGUUCAGAGGAGAGGCCAUGAGUCAAGCUCUAGACGCAGAGCGCACCGAGAGACUGAGACUCGCCAAAGAGAGCAAGGAGCUGCAGAGUCGUGUGGAGCAGAGUAAAGUAUCUUUGGAGGCUCUUGAGAGGCAGUUAGAGGAAGAAAAGCAGAAAGUGAAGAAUAAAGAAGCUCUCGGCGGAGUGGCCACAGAGAGUGAACUGCAGCUGCAGCUGGAGUGUGCGCAGACGGAGGUGGAGUUUCUGCGCAGGCGUUUGCGGCAGACGGAGGAAAGACUGGAGGGAGAGAAAGAUGGUCGGCAGCUGCUGGACACUAAGGUCCAGGAUCUGCAGUCUCAGCUGGAUCAGUCCAAACGCACAGUAACAGAGCUGAAGCGCCACUGCAGACGGCUGACCUCUGACCUGCAGGACGCCCGCGUGCUCACUGACAGCCUGCAGGGCCGCGCUCACGAGCUGGACAGGAAGCAGAGGAGGUUUGACAGUGAACUGACCCAGGCUCUGACACAUGCUGAUAAUGAGCGUGAGCAGAAGGAGAGAGCGAUCCAUGAAAACACCACGCUCGGCGCUGAAAUAUUCACCCUUCGCAAGACACUCAAGGAAAGUGAGUUGGAGGUCCAGCACCUGCAGCAGCUGAAGGAGGAGCUGUCCUGUCAGAUCCGUGACCUCAGUGUCCCGCUCAAACUCACAUCCGACUCUGUCCCCGAACUGAAGAAGCAUCUGAGAGAGCUGGAGAGCAGAGACAAGGAGCACUCGGAGGAGAUCAGCCAGAUGGUGGCCAGAAUUACACAGCAUGAGCAGAUGCACCUGCGCUUCGAGAUGGAGAUGGAGAGGAUGAAGCAGAUCCAUCAGAAGGAGCUGGAGGACAAAGAUGAAGAGCUGGAGGACGUGCAGAAGUCCUCACAGAGACGGCUCCGACAGCUGGAGAUGCAACUGGAGCAGGAAUAUGAGGAGAAACAGAUGGUGGUUCAUGAGAAGCAUGACUUAGAGGGGCUGAUUGCCACACUGUGUGAACAGGUGGGCCACCGGGACUUUGACGUGGAGAAGCGUCUGAGGCGAGACCUGAAGCGAACCCAUGCCCUGCUCAGUGACGCUCAGCUGCUCCUUUCCACUGUUGAACAGCCCGGUCAGGGUCACGACCCCGGAGCCCAGGAGCAGCUGGGGAGACUGCGCUGCCAGCUGGAGGACAGUGAAGCGCGGCGUCUGGAGGCUGAAGGUGUUCAGAAAACUCUGGCUGCGGAGCUGGAAAACGCUCAGAUCGAGCUGGAGAACAUCUGCAAGCAGAAGAGCCUGGCGGAUGAAGAUCUGUCUCAGCUGCGCUACGAACGGACGGACCUGAUGAAGAGACUGGAGGAGGACCAGGAGGACCUGAAUGAGCUCAUGAAGAAGCACAAAGCCCUCAUCGCUCAGUCUUCCAGUGACAUCUCUCAGAUCCGAGAGCUUCAGGCUGAGAUGGAGGAGCUGAAGAAACAGAGACAGACUCUACAGAAGGAGCUGCAGACGAGUGUGUCACGUGUUCAGUUUCUGGAGUCGUCCACCGUGUCCCGCAGCAUCGUGAGCAAGCAGGAGGCCCGUAUCUGCGAUCUGGAGAACAAGCUGGAGUUCCAGAGAGGACAGGUCAAGAGAUUCGAGGUGCUGGUUCUGCGUCUGCGGGACAGUGUGGUGCGUCUGGGCGAGGAGCUGGAGCAGGCAGCACAGGCUGAGGCCAGAGAGAAGGAGAACUGCAGAUAUUACCAGCAGAGGCUGGAGGACAUGAGGAUGGAGAUGGAGGAUCUGACUGGCAGAGAGCAGGACAGCAGCAGGAGACGCAUGGAGCUGGAGAUGCAGGUGGAGGAGCUUAGCGCCGUCAGACAGACUCUACAGGCCGAUCUGGAGACGUCUAUCAGGCGGAUCGUGGAUCUGCAGGCGGCGCUGGAGGAGGUUGAGUCCAGUGAUGAUAGCGAUACAGAAAGUGUGCAGACGGCGGUGGAGUCGUUCUCCAGAAAGAGAGAUCUCGACUCCAUGUCCAGCGUGGGCUCCAGUGUGGGCACUGAAGAUGUUGGUGAAGGGAUCCGUCAUUGGGUCGGUGUGCCACGAGGACCCGGAAGCAGCUCCGGACGCCAGUCUGUCACCGACACCAUGAGCACCUACAGUUUCAGAUCUUGCACUCAGGACCUGGAUGAAGAUGUGAAGGAAAGUUCUGGAGGUCUCGGGAGAGCGUCUUCAUCCACGGCUCUCUCCGAGCUCCUGGAGGGUCUGAGGAAGAAACGCGUCGGCUGGGAACGAGGCUCAGAUGUGGGUGAAGGCAGCACUGUUUCUCUGCCCAUCUACCAAACCACAGGAGCUUCAACUCUACGCCGCAGAGCCUCCGCUCUCUCUCUAGAAGCUGAAGAAGGUUUAGAAGAUCUGCCUCGACCCGGGAUACUCAAACCUCCCAGUCCACAACUCCCUAGAGCCUCCAGUCUCCGCUCGCUUCCAGAAGAAAAAGCAACAGUAACUCCAACCACUGCUACUGUGAUGGGGAAAAUGAACCGAUUCGGCUCCUGCGACUCUCUGACAUCCAACACAAGCUCCCGACGGCAGAUCUCAACGCUUGCUAUCCCAGAAGAAGAGGAGGAGAGUAACCCAAAACCCUUGCCUACUAUUGGAUAUCAGCCUGUGCGCCGGCGUCUGCUAGGCGGAUUGGUUGCUGAAUCCGGAGAGUCACAUUUAGGAGCAGAACCGCUAGUUUUCCAGAACCGCAGACUCCUGGCUAACACUCAGGAGAGAGCAGACGUUGGAGACUCCAGCUCAGAUAUUCUGCCGGCCAUCAGACGAGCUCAAUCCACCAGCAGUCUGGCAUCCAGCAGCGGCCGUUCAGGUCAGAGACGAGCCCUCAGUGUGCACUUCGGGGAGCUGCCGGUGUCCAGAGCGUCCCGCAGAGAGUCCGACUCCGACUCCUCCAGCUCGGGGGGGUCUCAGAAGCGCCGUGGGCCACAGGGAGAGAGACUGGAGGCCGAGGGCAGCGAGGACGUCAACUCCGUCAUGAAGAAAUAUCUUAAGAAAGCAGAAGUCGACUAGCAGACUCGAGCUGAAGAUGUGGAGAAUCAUCCAGGAUUGUGUUUAACUGGAAGCACAAAUACACUGAGAAUUUACUUUGAGCGCUGUUUGUACACAAAUAAACAUGUUAAAGCCAACAUAUUUAACUCCUCAAACCCUCGCAGUAAACGUGGCCUUUAUUCCGGGCGCUCUGAGAGCCGCGGGUGCUUCAGGUUAGAGAGAUGCAUCCUGAACGGCGAGCGCUUGCUUUCCCUCUCAGCAGUCACUGCAGAUUUGUUGAACCCAACAGAUGUAAAUAAAAAUGUCGAGCAGAAUCAGUGCUAUUUGCUUCUGACCUUUCAGCGGAGAGAAGAAAUACACUCAAACACUGCACUUUUACAAAGCAGAGCAUGUCGGAGAUAAUUGAGCCUGGCCUUCUUUCUGGAAGCAAGUCAUUAAAAUAAAAUGUUUGCAUUUUGUCUUCGAAGCAGGAUCUGAAGAUACUGAACACACAGAUUUAUCGGGAAGUUUUAACAUGCAUUUACUGACAUAGUAAAGCUUUGAGUUAAGCUGAA